AUGAAUAGAGAAUACUAAGAAUAGGAAAUUGAUUUGGAGAGAAAAUCACAAUAAAAUUCUGAAGAUACAAACAAUUAAUUAUUCUCAAUUGGUUUUGCUAUAAUUUACAAUUGUAUUUGGGGAAUACUGUUUUGUUUUUUUAGACAUCGUUAUUGUAAGGCUAUUGAAUUUUAAUCAAGAGAUGAAGAAGAAUGCAAAGUGAUAAACUUUUGGUCACUAGUAGCAGAGAUAUAUUUAUUUACAGUAGCUAUCUACAAAUUGUAAAAUCAAAUUUCUAGAUAGAGCGAUAGAAUUACCAGUUUAUUAUAAAGCCUUAGGUAGAUGGAAGCAUAAGCUUUUUGAGAUAGCAGAAAAAGUAGAAUUUGUUUUAAGCAUAAUUGUAUUGAUAGGACUUAGUGUAAUAUAAUAUUGAUUUAUAAAGUAUGCUUAUUUCCAAUUUGAAGAUUGCUAUGGUUUGAGAAACUUUGUUUUAUUUUAUUUAAUAGUGACUUAUUUAGUUUUGGGCAUAUAUUUGGUUUCUCUGCUUUUACUAAUCACAAAUAAAAGUAAUAAUUCUGGAUGA